AUGACGAGUAGUCGAUUACUACCGAAUGGCAAGAAGAAUCUAAAAUCACGAGUCAUACACGUCACUCACUUCCUUGAAAUUUUGAAACCUUGCCUGUAUACCUUCACGCAGCGGUUAUCGAGGCUCUUGAUCACGAUCAAGCGCAUAGGCGCAACUCACAAGCUAUCCGAUUCGGCGUACUACAAUAGCAAAAGCAUCCCUUCUGAGCCCGUGAGCGCUGUGGAAAAACGGAGAGAGCAUGACGAGUUCAGGAAGCAUGAAGAUCGCAGAAGAGAAGAACAAGAUGAAGACGCGGGUGGGAACCUAACACGUCAAGAGGGAGCAGAGUUCGCUGCGCGGGAAGCUCGCUGUAGCGUUGUUCCUUCUCCCAUACUUGCGACGUCCGCAGGCGGCUCCCAGCGUUCAUCUUUUGUGGAUCCACACUUUUAUGAAGACGUUGCUCCACUUCUUAUGCCUAUCGAGAGCCCAACAAGGAACUGCGCUACCACUCCAACAAGCUUGAAGACCCCGUCUGAUCCUGCACCAGUAACCACAACAUCACCCGUUCCACCGGAUGGACACAUUCAAUACCCGGAACUCAUGUCGCAACACCAACUCAAGCAAGGCUACGCACCUUCUCUGCAAUCAAUGUUUAAUUACCCCACUCUCAAGCCCACCAAUCUCGUACGAUCUUCCCUACUUUUCCUACCGCGAUCUUCUUAA